UAAAAAGGGAAGUUGGUUAUUUGGUGUGCUGCACCUCAGACCAUUUUCAAAGUAUUUCCACUUUAAAGUCAUAAUCACCACCAAAGGAUGUCCUUGCUGCUCUCUUCCUGUUGUGUGUUUGUCUGGUGAUGAGUGUGAUUGCAGUCCUGUCUGUGAAUAUGGUGACAGCCAACAUGUUACUGAGUGUCUUCUUUCUUUCAGGUGCUUUGGCUGAUUGUACUCAGAAGUCAAACCUCUUCAUUACUGCACCAAAGAAGAUGGAAGCACUGAGUGGAUCUUGUUUGCAAAUCCCAUGUAACUUUAGUUCUGAACCAGAAAAAGAUUAUGACAGCAGCAGAGAAACCUUUGGAGUGUGGAUUAAAACUGACUCAAGUAUUUGGAGUUUUCCAAACAAUGUGAUUUUCAACAGUAGUAAGACAGUUAACACGUAUCCAAUAAAUAUUAUUGGAAACCUGAGUCAGAAAAACUGCACCACUCUGUUUUCCAGUUUAAUCACAAAUUAUACGGACAAAUACUACUUCAGAAUCAUGAACUGGCCUUUCAGAGCAACAGCUGUUUGUGAUCCUCUUCAAAUAACAGUUAAAGAUUCUCCUCCGAGCCCCAGAAUUGAGAUCCCAGGUGAUCUGAAGGAGAAGCAGUCUGUCACUAUAACCUGCUCAGCUUUCACUCCCUGUCCACACUCCCCUCCUAAACUCACCUGGAAUCUCCAACAAGACUCUCACAACCAAAUAGAGGAAAACACAGAUGGAACCUUCACAACUAAAAUCCAGGAGAGCUUCACUCUGUCAGACCAACAUGAUGGAUACAACAUCACCUGUUCUGUCAGAUAUCCUGUGAAUGAAGGAAAAGAUAACAAGACAGCAGAGGAGAGAAAGACUCUCAGUGUUUCAUAUGCUCCUAAAGACACCUCAGUGUCCAUCAGUCCAUCAGGUUUGGUGUCAGCAGGUAGCUGGGUGAACCUGACCUGCUCCAGCAGAGCCAAGCCUCCCGUCAGCCGCUUCACCUGGUUCAAGAACAGCAAAGAUGGACCCAUGAUUGUAUCUGAAGGACCGUUUUACAGCUUCAAUGUGACAGAUGGAGGAGUUUAUUACUGUGUGGCUACAAAUGAUCUCGGCAAUGAAACAUCAUCAAUUUGUCUUAAUAUUAAAGAUAAAGAUUCUCCUCCAAGCCCCAGAAUUGAGAUCCCAGGUGAUCUGAAGGAGAAGCAGUCAGUCACUAUAAUCUGCUCAGCUUUCACUCCCUGUCCACACUCCCCUCCUAAACUCACCUGGAAUCUCCAACAAGACUCUCACAACCAAAUAGAGGAAAACACAGAUGGAACCUUCACAACUAAAAUCCAGGAGAGCAUCACUCUGUCAGACCAACAUGAUGGAUACAACAUCACCUGUUCUGUCAGAUAUCCUGUGAAUGAAGGAAAAGAUAACAAGACAGCAGAGGAGAGAAAGACUCUCAGUGUUUCAUAUGCUCCUAAAGACACCUCAGUGUCCAUCAGUCCAUCAGGUUUGGUGUCAGCAGGUAGCUGGGUGAACCUGACCUGCUCCAGCAGAGCCAAGCCUCCCGUCAGCCGCUUCACCUGGUUCAAGAACAGCAAAGAUGGACCCAUGAUUGUAUCUGAAGGACCGUUUUACAGCUUCAAUGUGACAGAUGGAGGAGUUUAUUACUGUGUGGCUACAAAUGAUAUCGGCAAUGAAACAUCAUCAAUUUGUCUUAAUAUUAAAGAACCACCCAAUGGAUCUCUACAGUGGGUGCCAGUUCUUGGAGGAAUUAUUGGGAUCAUCAUGCUCGUCUGCCUGGUUGUCUGUGUUUGCAUUCUUGUGCAUUGGAGGCGGGUGAAGUCCACAGAUUCAACUCAGCAACUGAAUCAGAGUCCAACAGGUGAAGAGCUGACUGUUGCAGAGUCAGCAAGAAAAACAGAUGAGAAGGAAGAAGACAUCCAUUAUGGAGAGAUCGACUUCUCCAAGAGGAGACCUGAACCGUCCUCUGACUCAGUGCAGGACAGUGGACAGCAGCAGGAAACACUGUAUGCACAGGUCAAAGUGUCAAAGCCAGCAAACAGAUUGACACAGACUGCCGAUGGUCCAGAGAAUCUCUAUGCUCAAGUUAAGAAAACAUGAGAACCGUUUUUAAAAGACAAAAUAACAUUUGUGUAGAAUUAAUAUUUAAUGUGCCUUAAUGUUUUAUGUACACAAGAUGUUUGAUUUCAGUUGAUGUAGACACUGGAGCCUGGAUUGUCAGAUAUCUGCAAAUAAAAGUCCCAAAACUCUAAAAAGCUCUAAAUAGUCUAAAAUUAAUAAAUGCAAAUAAAUGCGGGGAAUAUGACACCAGAAGCAGUUCUGCACACGCAUUAGCGGUCUUGUAGUAAGAUUAUAUUUAAUUUUGAAAUGUUUUUUAUUUUGUCUUGUAACAGUGCCUUUAACAGGCCUUUAAAAAACAUUGUUCUUGUUUUGAUAUUUAUUGUGUAUCCCAUACAUUCAUUGGUAUUUGCCAAAAUUAAGGUUGUUCUUUUAACAUUGUUCUUCAUUUGAAGACAUGUAUUUGUUGCACGGCAAAGAAAACCCUUUUAUCUAAAAUACAUAAUUAUCUUGGCAAAGCCGGAAAGUGACAAAGUACAAAGACUUCAUUAUUGUACUUAAGUAGUUUUUUGAAGUAUCUGUACUUUUUCUGAAGCCUUUUUACAUUUACUCCCUACAUUUUCUUUCUAUGAAUAUCUAUACUUUAAACUCCUUACAUUUUUAAAACAGGCUUGUUCCUUUAUCUUUAAUGCAUUUGAGGAGAAUUGUUGAUUUUAUAAAAUUGGGGCAUUUGCUAUAUACUGUAUGCCCUUGUAAAAUACUGAGUAGCAAUUAAAUGUCUACAUCCCUGGUUCACUAGUGGUACUCUAGCUUCCUCUAGUGGUAUGAGAGUCUCAAAUAUAUGUUUUUAUAUUAUUAGCCUACUAUCAAAACACAGCAAAAGUUUGAAUGAAAAUACUUAAAACUCAUAUAUCUCAUAGUAUUUUCAAAAUGUUGUUGAAAUGUAACUUAAAAUAACCUAAAAUGCAUUUCCUGUAAUAUUUUGUUUUAAUAUCAGCCAGCAUGUAUUUAUGCACGUAGGGAAUGUAUAUGUCCAUGAUUAGUUAUAAGCUAAAACAUUGUGGCAAAUGGAAGUUAAAUUAAUAACACAACCCCUCAGACAUGAAUUCAUCACUAGUCACCACCACAACUAGCCAGAAACAGACAUCUGACGUCAGUGUGGUCAUCCUGGGCCUGUUGUUUGUAUUUGGAUGUUUGAGACAACCCUUAGUUCCCUUAUUACUGCCAUCUUGUGCCCGUAUAUCAAGAAUUAUAUGAAAUAAAUGUUAUGGUUUGUAUUCAUUUAUCACAGUUUGACAAGAAUGUUUUAUUUUUUAUUAUCAAGAAAUCACAUGAAAAGACCAACAUCAACAAUGAAUGUAUUCUUCUGACAUGUAUUGUCUGUGUAGUCACAUGAUGAAAAUCCUUAUAUUAUUCUGUGUUUAUGUCUUCAUUGUGUUAAACCUGUUUCUUUUCGUUAAUAAAUUAAUACUUGAACUGA